CUAGAUAGGGUAGGUGGGCUUGGCGCUGCGAAUCGGGAGCCUGGAUCGCUCCGGCCCAGCCUCGGACGGCCGCAGCCGGGGAAGACAGUGACGAGAGAGUAGGUGCAACACAGUAAAACAUGGAGGAAGAUGUAAUUGCAGAUCUUCGAAGCAAGCUCAAAGAGGUCGAAAGUGAACGACUAAAAGCCGCACAGUAUGGUUUGCAACUGUUGGAGAGCCAAAAUGAACUGCAGAAUCAGUUGGAUAAAUGUCGUAAUGAAAUGAUGACCAUGACCGAGAAUUAUGAACAAGAAAAAUAUACUCUUCAGAGAGAAGUUGAGCUCAAGAGUCGAAUGUUAGAAAGUUUGAGUUGUGAAUGUGAAGCUAUUAAACAGCAACAAAAAAUGCAGCUGGAGAAAUUAGAAGAACAUCUCAACAGAAGCCAUACACAGGAAGUGAAUGAACUGAAGGAUAAGUUAGAAAAACUGAAAACAGAAUUAGAUGAAGCAAGGCUUAGCGAAAAGCAGCUGAAACACAAAGUCGAUCGCCAGAAGGAACUCCUGUCUUGUAAAUCAGAAGAACUCCGGGUCAUGUCUGAGCGUGCCCAGGAAAGCAUGUCUUCAGAGAUGCUGGCUCUUCAGAUGGAGCUGACGGAAAUGGAAAGUGCGAAGACUGCCCUCAAAGAAGAAGUGAGUGAGCUCCAGUACCGAGAAGAACAGCUAGAACGCCUUACUGCUAAUUUAAUGCGGCAGGUGGACCGGCUGAAAGAAGAAAAGGAAGAGCGAGAGAAAGAAGCAGUUUCUUAUUAUAAUGCCUUAGAGAAAGCUCGUGUAGACAACCAAGAUCUUCAGGUACAGCUGAGCCAGGCUCUGCAGCAAGCCUUGGAUCCCAGCAGUAAAGGCAACUCCCUGUUUGCAGAGGUGGAAGAUCGAAGGGCAGCCAUGGAGCGUCAGUUGAUCAGCAUGAAAGUCAAGUACCAGUCACUAAAGAAGCAGAAUGCGUUUAAUAGAGAACAGAUGCAAAGAAUGAAGUUACAGAUUGCCACAUUGCUACAGAUGAAAGGCUCUCAAACUGAAUUUGAGCAGCAGGAACGAUUGUUUGCCAUGUUGGAGCAGAAGAAUGGUGAAAUAAAACACCUUUUAGGUGAAAUUAGAAGUCUGGAGAAGUUUAAGAACUUAUAUGAAAGUAUGGAAUCCAAGGCUGCAGUUAGCAACGUUGUUGUGGAAGAUAACACCUAUUACACAGAGUUACUUCAGCUAAAGCUUGAUAACUUAAACAAAGAAAAUGAAAGCACCAAAGGUGAAUUGUCCAUUCAGCGAAUGAAAGCAUUAUUUGAGAGCCAGCGGGCUCUGGAUAUUGAACGAAAGCUUUUUGCAAAUGAAAGGUGCCUCCAGCUUUCAGAAAGUGAAAAUAUGAAGCUUAGAGCUAAAGUCGAUGAAUUAAAACUGAAAUAUGAACCCGAAGAGAAAAUUGAUGUGCCUGUCCUCAAGAAGCGACGGGAGGUGCUACCUGUGGAUGUGCCCGCCCCUGGUGAUGCUCGUGCCAGCAGCACUGGCAGGGAGGAAGCCUGUGGAUCACCCCCUCAGAGAGAGGAGACGCAGUGCCUGCCCAGCACUUUGGAAGACAGCACCUUGAGGUUGGAAAAGCCAACUGUUACACACACACCAUUAGUCGUUCUCUCUCCUCACAAAAACCCACCCGUGGAGACGCAGCCACAGAAGGUGAAGAAGUAUGUGAAACUUGUAGGCAUGCCAGCUGAGCCCGAAGUCUCGGAUGAAAGGAAGGAGAACAGCCCCAGCUCCCCCAGGUUAGCUGCUGAAUCAAGGCUGCAAACAGAAGUUAAAGAAGGGAAAGACACUACAAGCAAAUUGGAAAAGAAAUCGUGUAAGAAAUCCCACCCUAUUCUUUACGUGUCCUCCAAAUCUACUCCAGAAACCCAGUGCCCUCAGCAAUAAAGACUUGUCCAUGAUGGGAGCAAGGGCCUUGCCCAGGGUGGCUGUGGCUAAGGUGGGGUUGAAUUGCCUUUAUCCCAAGGGUGCCGCCUGCUGGUUUACAUCUACCUAGCCAGCCAUAGGCCAGGGCCCUGCAUUUUCAUGCUACUUUGUCUGAGUGUUCCAAAUUGGGCUGAAAUGACACCAGGUAGAGAUUUUGUGCAUCACAGUCAGUAAACCAUUAACUGAAGGAAAAUGUUAGAAUUAAUAAAAAUCUAUUUGUUUCAUCUUAACCUACCUUGAGAGCCAUAUGUCUCACUUGAGAACACUGAAAUUGUUAGAUAUUCUUCUGUACUUUUAUAUCACUGUAGUUUUCUACUGCUGUAAAAAUGGGAAAUUAAAAAAAUAUAUAUAUAUAUGUAUAGUUACUGGAUUUUGUCAGUGUUUAAAGCACCUAUACUCAUCUUUGUAUUCAUAUACAUAAUUUAUAUUUUGUGACAUAAGCCUAUGAUGUAAGUAGUUUUGAAAUUUGAAAUAAAAUUGCAGUG